AUGUCUGUCAAAAAGUUUUUAGCUUUAAUGGCCGGUGCUGCUACCUUAACUUCUGCCCUUGACGCUUACGAAGUUGCCGAAUUUGAUGCUUUGUUACUUGAUGUUAACGCUCAUUUAACAGAAUACAUUUCAUUAGCUGAAAACAAUCCUAGUUUCACCAUUCCAGAAGGUGUCUUAGAAUGUUAUACUCACAUUACUACUUACACAGAUGACAGUUAUACAACUUUGUUUACCAUGAUUAACUUUGCUCAAGUCACAACUGCUAUGGAAUUAUUACCAUGGUAUUCUUCUAGAAUUGUCCCACUUAUGUCCUCAUACUUCAAGGCUCACUCUAUUACAGAAACAGCUGAUUUAGGUGCUUCUGGUGCUUCUGGUUCUAGUGCUACCGCCUCUGCUUCUUCUUCUUCUGAGUCUGUUGCUACUACUACUUCUUCUGCUUCUGCUUCUUCUUCUUCUAAAUCUUCUAAAUCUUCUGCCUCUUCCUCCUCCGCUUCUAAGUCUUCUACUUCUAAGUCUUCUAGUUCUGCCACUGCUUCUUCCUCUUCUAAGGAUUCUAGCUCUUCUAAAUCCUCUUCUAGUGCAUCUGCAACUUCCACAAAAUCCAAAUCUGCCAACGGCGCUAACCUAUUAACUGCUGGUAUGGGUGCUGCCGCUAUGGGUGCUGCCGCUUUAUUAUUAUGA